AUGUCCAAGAAAGCCAAUGGAGAAGAAAAUGGCCUAAUCAGUCGGAAAUCUCAGUCGCCCGAUGAUCUUGCCGUCCUGGCAGUACGAAGUCUUGUCGCUGAUCUUUGCAACCAGCAUGGCACUGGUCAUGGCGGCUCAGCCAUCGGCAUGGCGGCCAUUGGAGUUGCCCUAUGGAAGUAUGCCAUGCGAUACAAUCCCUGUGAUCCCGCAUGGUUCGAUCGGGAUAGGUUUGUUCUUUCCAAUGAGACCCCAGGGCAUGCAAGCACUUUCCUCUAUGUUAUGAAUCAUCUGGUUGGAUAUGAUGUCUGGACGAUGGAUGAGCUCAGAGGAUACGCAAGUCCCAAGACGAACGGUUAUCACACCAUAUCGCACGGCCAUCCCGAAAUCCAGAUUCCGGGUGUCGAAGUCACGACUGGUCCAUUGGGCCAAGGAGUCGCAAACGCUGUGGGUUUGGCCAUUGCUUCGAAGAACCUGGCUGCGAAUUUCAACAAGCCAGAUUCGCAAAUCAUACAAUCAAGAAUCUGGUGCACGACCGGCGACGGUUGUCUCAUGGAAGGCGUCGCAUUAGAAGCUAUUUCACUCGCCGGUCACUUGGCUCUGGACAAUCUCAUUCUCAUUUACGACAACAACGCCGUGACCUGCGACGGGCCACUUGGAUGGAUCAAUUCGGAGAAUAUCAAUGACAAAAUGCGAGCUCAAAAUUGGCACGUCAUCGAUGUGCUAGAUGGGAAUUAUGAUGUUCACACAAUCGUGGCAGCGUUAGACCUGGCCAAAACACAUCGCGGCCGACCAGUCUUCAUAAACAUCAGGACCGUCAUUGGCGUCGGCACCUCAACAGCAGGGACCUACAAAGCCCAUCACGGCGGAAUUGACAAGGACAGUAUUGCUAAACUCAAGUCUGAGGCAGGGUUAGACCCAGCUUCUUCCCAUGUUGUACCACCAGCGGCCAUGGAAUACUUUCGGGGACGCCGGUCGAAGGGGGAGGAGCUACAAAAUGCGUGGGCGGCGGAGUUUGAGCGGUACUGCCAGUUAUACCCGGAUGAUGGCCAGCAAUUGAAGGCUCGGCUGGAGCAUUCCGAAGGGCAAGCAGUUGCUGCGCUAAAGGAUUUAGACAGUUCUCAAUUCCUUGGAAAGGCUACUCGACAGACCAAUGGAGCCAUCUUGGAGAAGCUGUGGAAUGUCGUCCCAUCGCUAUGUGGAGGUGGCGCAGAUCUCGUCAACUCGAACCAGAUCCAGUACGCCGAGACAGAUGUGUUCCAUCCGCUGGUGAGCUAUCAAGGUCGAUAUCUGCGGAACGGUAUCAGAGAGCAUGCCAUGGCCUCAGUCGCAAAUGGUCUGGCUGCAUACCAUCCUGGAACCUUUCUUCCUGUGACGGCAACUUUCGCCGUUUUCUUCCUCUAUGCAGCACCCGGAAUUCGCAUGGGCGCACUGAGCGAGCUUCCUGUGAUCCAUAUUGCUACACAUGACUCCUUCCAAGAAGGGCAGAAUGGACCGACCCACCAGCCGGUGGAAGUCGAUUCACUCUUCCGAGCCAUGCCAGGACUGACCUACUUCCGCCCCUGCGAUGCUGAAGAGCUUAUUGGCUGCUGGAUACAUGCCCUUGAAAAUCACAAGGGGCCUUCGAUGCUUUCUCUCGCCCGAGACCCGGUAGGGCACGUGCCGAAUACAGAUAGGAAACAGGUAGCCCGUGGAGCAUACGUGAUCCGAGAGCUAAAAGACUCCCAUCUCACACUUGCAAGCUGCGGAUCAAAUCUCCAUUAUGCUGUUGCUGCUGCCGAUGUUUUGAGCAGCGAGGGAAUUUCUGUGCGCUUGGUCAGUGCGCCGAGCCUGGACUUGUUCGAAGUUCAGAGCGCCGAGUACAAGGCGUCGGUGUUUCCACUGGAUGACAAGCCCGUCGUCAGCGUAGAGGAGUUUGUAGCCACGGUGUGGGCAAGAUACGCAACUGCCAGCAUUGGAAUGACCGGGUUUGGCUACUCGGCCUCGAACGAAAGUAACUACGACAGAUUUGGUCUCGACACCAAGGGCAUAGUUGAGAAGGUGAAAAAUUAUCUCGGGGCUCUUGCGGGAGCGGGAGCAAGGCAGUCUGGUUGGAGGCAACUCUAG